AUGGCACCUCCUCCUGCACCCAGGUCCUCAAUUGGGGAGCAAAGCGCGCACGAACCUGCUCUCCUACCAAUACAAAUACUGAUCCGAUUUGCCGCUGCGUUGUGUCGUCGCAGGAGAGACUGGGCUAAUCUUACGGAUGGGCCGGCGGGGCUCAUCGCCGAGCGCGUCCUCGCACAUGACGUCGUUGACUACAUUCGCUUCCGUGCCGUGUGCUGCCAGUGGCGUCGAUGCUCCUCCGAGCCCCGCUCGCACAGCGGCUUGGACCGCCAGUUCCAUCCCUGGAGGUGGAUCAUGCUCCGGGAGAAACUCGCCGUGCCGGACCGCCGCCGCUUCCUCAGCACAUCAACCGGUGAGUGCAUCCAGGUUGACAUCCCGGAGCUCCGCGACCAUGAGCUGCUCGCCAUAACCCCUGAGGGACUCCUCGUCCUCGUCCAUGACCGCAACCACAUCCGACUCCUCAACCCGCUGACCCACCAGCUUACUAAGCUGCCGCCACUGACCACGCUUAUUCCUCCAGAGAAUCACAACAAGCUUUCUCGCGAUAACAGCCAGUUUUACAUCGAUUUCGGAGCGUGGGGCUCUGGCAUUGCCAAUGACGAUUCAACCGUGGUACUCUCCUUCAGCAGGCGUAGCAUGAUUGGCAUGGCCAAGCCUGGCGACGACCACUGGACGCUGCUAAAAUACCAAUACGAUUGGGAGCCCAGGGUGACUUGGUGAGGUGUUAUGACGCGUAUCGAGUGGAUUUGGACACCAAGACACUACUCCCGGUCAAGAGCUUGGGCGGUGGCGCGGGGCGCGCGGUGUUCAUGGACACAUAUUGCUCUCUCUCGGUGUCCCUAGAUGUUUUCCCGUCUGGCUCCAUGUCUGCUGACACCUUCUACUUGAGCUAUGGCACUGGCGUAGAAGCAUAUCGUCUCGCGGAUGGAAAAAGCGGCGAAGGCAUCGGAAGAUACAAGAGUAGCCUUGUGGCACGGCCACCUACUCUUGUUGAAUGUCUAUCUUUCUCCGUAACCCUGUGAGAAACUAUUCAGGAGUAGGAAGCGUGCGUUAUGCACUUUUUUGUCCAUGCGAAGAAGGAGGAAAAUCAUAAAACCAUCCUAAGAAAGUGAGUGAGUGAAAUUAUGUUAGGAGAUCGAGUAGGCUUUUUUAAUUUGUUACUCCAUGAAUCUUCAUGUAAAAUUCCUCAUUAAUUAAUACGGAGUAAGUAAUAUAAUGGAGCAAAGGGUUCGCCCCGUUUUGAACAAAA